GGUAUGAUUAUACACCUCUUUACAUCAUUGUGAGUAUUCAGCAUAACUUUUCUAAGUCAGUACUUAUAAGUGAAAUUGGUAGAUAAUAACGGAGGCCUCCACCAACUUGCUAAGUACUAUGUAACAUGAGUCUCGGUGUUUCUAGCAGUUCAUUUGUUGUUAACCAAGAAUUCCUGACCAGAUGCCAGUUAUGCCUGCUUGGCACAGAAUGGAUUGUACAGGAAAUUAAGUGGUUUUGAUCUCCAAAGAAUUGCUGGAGUCAAACUGAAACAGGUAAAUGCUAAAAAACUGUUAGGGUUUACAUAGAUUAAAAACUCAUUUACAUAAUUAGUUGAAGAAUGAGUUGAUGCAUUUGGAAGAUUUUUCAGAACAUACAGCUAGCUGAAUUAUAUUAGAUAUUUAUUUCUUUACUUUUAUACAGGUACAAAAUACCUGACUUAUAGAAUUUAAUAUAAAUAUAUGCUUUAUCUCAGGGUUUCCAUGAGGGUUGUUUGAUUUUGACUGUUUCCAAAGCAUAAAUAUCUUGGAAAAAAGUGAAAAGGAAAAAGUAAGUUUUUUAUUACAUCGAGGAGCCAGAGAACAGUUUCAGAACCUGAAAGAAGGAUCCAGAAACCAGAUUUGGUUCAUGGGUUCUAACACACAUGGCUGCAGUUUAUACAUAUAGAAGCAAUCCUAGAAAUCUCCUACACAUUUCUGAAGCCAAAAGGUGUUAACAAAUGGAUCACCAGGCUUUAGGGAAUAUAUGACUUCUAGGAGUAUUAAAAUCCUGAAGAGUGUUAUACUGAGAUGCUAAAAAUUAAAAUAAUUGAUUAAAAGAUAAUUAACAAAAAUAGUUACUUAAAAAGAUAGUUAUUAGUAAUAUUAUCAUUCUACUGAGCUCAUUGCCCUAGUAAUCAAGCACCAACCACAUAGGUAUAAAUUAAGUGACCACGUCAUUCUGCUGUUCUGUAAUGCGUCAUCCCCCCCACAUUAGUGACCUGUGUCCUAUGUCAAAUUUUGUUCCCCUUGUAAGAGACAAAUGAUGCUGUGCCAACCACUGUUCCCUUUAUGAGAGACAAAUGUUCCUGAAAUUGGCAGACCAAGGGCUAUGAAUUGGCCAACCACCCACUGUGAAAUGCCUCUGUCCUCAAGCAAAGGGGAACAAAGGCCCACCUUAUUUCUGUUUCUCAUCACUAUGUACUUACUGAUCAAUGAGCUAAUCAUAAAUGAACUAUAAAAAUCAGUCAAAACUCUAACUCAGUUGCACAGCUUUGCAAAUUCCAUUUGCACUGUGUCGCUGGGCACACAGUGCAAAUGAAAGUGCUUCUUUUAAAAAAGAUGUCUUGUCCCAUUCGUCAUCUUGGGGUCUUGCCGCGUUUUUUCAUCAUGGGGCCAUGUUUUUUUUUUUUUAAAGUAGAGUACAACAAAGAGCUGAGUGCCAAUUAGUGACAAGGGAACUAUAUGGCAAGGGGAACUUAGAGUGUCAAGUCCUUGUGUGUCCCUGCCUCACCAGAAGGAAAUGUUUAAUUGGAUUAGGUUCCAUUUCAGCAAUAAUUGUCACCCCCAUGCUUGGCAAUAUGAUCACUUUCAGAAUUCAGCAUUUUUAUGAGCCUGAAUGAGUAGCAAGCUUGUCUUGGAGUACUGAUGCUUGCUUUUAUUUCAUCCUUACUCUGUUGCAGACCAUUACUAUCAUUUAAAUGUAAUGUCUUCACUAUACAUGGUAACUGUGCUCCUUUUGUGUUCACAUACUGGGUUUCUUGGUGGAAAAUUAAUAGAAAUGAGUGAAAAUCAUGAAAAUGAAGUUUGAUGCCUCUAACAGAAACUUCCAACUCUCUGUUCUGUUGUGUCCUGCCCUGGCCUUUUCUCAGAAUAUUUUCUGACAUCAGUGGACUUUUAUUCCUGGAGGAUUGAACGUGAAUCCUGAAAACAUUUGCAGCCCAUUAUGCAAAGAGUCCACUGAUCCUUGAAAGAAAGCAGGGUAGCCAUGAAAUGGCAGGGAUAAAUAAGAAAUUUAGAGAAGACCUAACACCAUCACUUCUCAAAAUUUAAUGAAAUCAAAUGGGAAAUUGUACUUCUCAGUUCAUUCCUGGAAGCAAGCAUUACCCUGAUACCAAAACCAGAGAACAAUCCAAAUAAGAAAGAGAAUUACAGACCAUUCUGCCUAGUGAACAUUGAAGCAAAAAUCCCCAAUAAGAUACUGGCAAACAGACUGCAGAAUAUCAUCAAGAAGGUUUUACAUCAUGAUCAACUGGAAUUAUUCCCUGGUACUCAGGGGUGGUUCAACGUACAUAAAUCCAUACAUAUAAUACACCGUAUUGAAAAAUCCAAAAGCAAAACUCAUUUGAUCACUUGAAUAGAUGCAGAAAAAAUUUUGACAAAGUGCAUCACCUAUUCAUAAUAAAAAACCUACAAAAAUUGGGGAGAUGAUCUUUAUCUCAAGAUAAAAGCCUUUUAUUACAAACCAACAGUCAACCUCAUACUAAGUGGACAAACACUGAAAGCUUUCACUCUAAAAUCAGGAACAAAACAAGUGGAGACAUCUGUCUCCACUCUUAUUCAAUAUAGUCCUGGAAACUAGCUGGAGCAAUUAGACAAGAGAGAGAAAUAAAAGGAAUAAAGAUAGGAAAGGAAAAGCUUAAAAUGUCAUUAUUUGCAGAAGCCAUGAUACUCUACGUAGAAGACCCUAAAAAUUCCACCAAAAGACUUCUAGUUUAAGAAGCAAAUUCAGUAAUAUAGCUGGUUACAAAGGCAACACUCAACAAUCAAUAGACUUCAUAAACAAGAAUAAAAAACCCAUGGAAAGAGAAAUCAAGGAAACAAUAACUUUUACAAUAGCAUCCAACCAAAUGAAAUACUUAGGAAUCAAUCUAAUAAAGGAUGUAAAUGAUCUCUACAUUGUAAACUACAGUACUCUCAAAAUGGAGAUUGAAGAAGAUAUUCGAAAAUGAAGAGCUAUCCCAUAGUCUUGGGUAGGGAAAUUCAAUAUAGUGAAAAUGACCAUACUUCCAAAGCUAUUGUACAGAUUUAGUGCAAUCCCAAUCAAAACGCCAUAGCAUCUGAAAGAAUUACACAAAAUAAAUCCUAAAAUUCAUGUGGAACCAGAAGAGACCUAGAGUAGCAAAGGUGAUCCUGGGCAACAAAGGAAAGAUAGGGUUCAUCAAAAUCCCUGACUUGGAAUUAUACUGUAAAGGUAUUGUGAUAAAAAAAAAGAUGUACUGACAAAAAACAAAACAAACAAAAACCAGAUGCAAAGAUCAAAGCAACAAAUUAGAAGAUGGGGAAACAAUCCCAGACCACUAAACCAUCUUAUCUUUGACAAAGGUGCCAAACAGAGUCAUUGGAAGAAAAGCAGCCUCUUUAAUAAAUGGUGCUGGAACAACUGGCUCCAUACAUUCUGAAUAUUAUCUUUCAAAGUGUAUUAAGCUAAGAUCAGAAUAGAUCAAAGAUCUUAUAUUAAAACAGAAACAUUAAAUCUGCUGCAAGAUAGAGUAAGUAAAACUCUUGAAGACAUUCAUGUAAGCAAAGUCUUCAUGAAGAAAACUUCGAUUUUUGAACAGCAAAAAUCGAAGAGAAUUAAGUGAGAAUCUCACCCUACUGAAAAACUUUUUAACAGCUAGAAAUAACUAACAGAGUGAAAAGACAACCCACAACGUGGGAGAAAAUGUUUGCCAACUGUUCCUCAGACAAAGUAUUACUAUUGAGAGCAUGAAAAACUAAAAAAUUUCAGUCUUCCCAGAUUUAAAGACCAAAUCCAAAAAUGUGCAUCUGAGGUGAAAUACACAGUUCUCAGAUGAAGAAAUAGAAACAGCAAAUAAAUAUGUGAUAUAAUGUUCUGCAUCACUCGUCUUUUAAGAAUUGCAAAGUAAAUAACACUGAUAUGUCCCCUUGCCCCAGAAAAAAUGCCUACUGUCAAGAAAGCAAGCAAUAACGAAUGCUGGAGAGGUUGUGGGGGAAAAAGGAACCCUUCUCCAUUGUUGGUGGUAAAGCAACCACUGUGGAAAUCAGUGUGGAGAUUGCACACACACUAGGUCUACAGUUCCCACUCAACUCAGCUAUUCUUCUUCUGGGUAUCUACUGAAAAGAAUAAAAAUUAUCAUACCACAGUGAUAUAUGUGCACCCACGUUUAGAGCAGCAGUUUGUGGUAGCCAGAUCUUGUGUGGAAUGCAGGACCUCUAGCUUGCCAGGCAGGUACUUAAGCUAAAUCGCUGGACCACUUUUUUUACUUUUUAACUUUCAAAUAAAAUGGGUUUGGGAGAAAAAACAAGGACUGAGGUAAAGACUUUCAGUGCAAAUACCCAUCAGACGUGUUGAGGUCAACAUUCCAGAAAACAGCCAGCUCCAGAAGCCUCACCAGCUUUCAUUGGGCAUCCACAGUUACAGGGUGUUUUAUUUUCUGCAAUUAUACUUGGUGGGGAAGGCAGGCAGGCGAGCAGGAGCCAAUCAGUGAUGAAGAGGCUGGCUGAAGAACUGUCCAAUCAGGUGGGCCAAGGUAGGCGGUGUCUUCCGGUGUCAUGGCGUCAAUUGCAAGGCCAGAGCACAAAAGGGAGCACUAAAUGUUUGCUAGACCACUAUUUUUUGCUUCUAUUCGCUGUGGACUGCUUAGAAAGAACCUCGGAGACCUCCAAACUAUGCAAUGGAGGUGGUGACCUUUGAGGAUGUGGUCGUGAACUUCAGCAAUGAGGAGUGGACUUUGCUGAGUCCAUCCCAAAAGAACCUCUACAGAGAUGUGAUGGGCGAAAUCUUUAGGAACAUGACUGCAAUAGGUAAGGACAAAAUACUUUUGUCACUCAUGCUGUCAGAAUGUUGUAUGUCACGCAUCAGUGCUGUUUCAUUAAAAACAAUGUGAAAAUAUUUUUAAAAAUAGCUCAGACCUGGACACAUUAUAUCAUAACUCUAAACAAAAUCUAUUAAUUUGUAUGUAUUAUUCUAAUGAGCACUGGUAUUUCUAUAUCUACAAUUCAGGAGGACUUGGGGAUAUCCAGGAAGCUGAAAAAGAAUGCAAAAUUUACUGGAGAUACUUAAGGUAAUUUGCACUCAUAAGAAGAAGGAAUGUUCCUGAGUAAUUAGUGAGUCAGCAGAAAAAUGCCGCCAAAGAAAUGAGGCACCAUUCAAUUUAUUGUCAGUAAUAUUCUCUGAAGACGUAUAAGCUAGGGUAUGUAUAAUGAGUGGAUUAAAUCAAGAAAAUGUAUGACAUUGCAUAUAGAUGUGUAUGAAAGGCAUACACUUUGAGUUAUGACAUUCUCUCUUCAGUUUUUCUACCCAUAUAUACAUGUGAAUACAACACAUUCAUCAUCUAAAAAUUGCUAAGAUUGCAAUAGAAUUUGAAAUAAAACGGAGUUCUUGUGUUUCCAAGCCAUGCUCUGAAGAAUCAGCCAUUCUGACUAAAAUUCUUAGAAGGCUGCUAGAAUGUUAAGUGCACUCAUUCUGAAUAUCAGUGUGCAGUUGUCUCUAGAAAUUGAUCCCCUCAUACUUGUUCUGGAUAUAUUUUAAAAAUUCAAAAUGCACUUAAAAUACUGAUACAUGCUUGCUCAUAUACAAAUCAGAUCAAGUUAUAAUAGAUCAGGCCUUUAAAAAGCUUAGCUAUCUAUCACUGGAUUUGUGGAGAAGGAAAAUAUUAAUAGACUCUCUGACUGUGCAUACCUAUAAAUCCAGCACACAAGAAAUCAGAUUUUGCAGAAUGGCAAAUUCAAGUUCAAACUUCACAGCUUAAUUAUCAGUGAAAAUGUCUUAAAACAGAUUUAAAAAGCUAUAGAUUUUAUGCUAAAAGCUGUUGUUCAUUCCCACCAUGGAAAAGAAAAAAAUGUGUUAUAUAAUGACAAAAAUACAUUAUAUAAUGUCAUUUGCCAUAAGAAAUAGGUGGUUUUUUCUCCCAACAAUUUGGUGAAAUAGCUCAGCUAUAAAAUCUAAAAGUUCACAGGGUUUCUUUUAGAUGAGAAACCAAAAUAUAAAUUGUGGAAUGAAAUGAAAGUGUUAAUAGAGAAAAGUAAGACUGACCAUAUGGAAAAGGGAACUACAGGUUAAGGACAGAAGGGAGAUUGUGAUGGGCAAACAUAUCAGAAUGAUCUGUAUGUGAUACACAUAUGUACCCAUGCCCAAAGUCAAGAUAAGGAUUCUGCAUUUCAAAAGGUAUCAAAUUUUAAGUUUUCCAAAUGUGUAGCAUUCUUUUGGGAAUGGUUGUUUUCAACAUGUCUUACAAGGCCAUUCUGUUAUUUCAUGGUUAGAAUUUCUUAGCAGGCAUUAAAAACAAAACUUGACAUUAAUGCAGUCCUUAAACUGAGACCCAUUUCACUAUGAAUGUUUCUUAUUUUUUUAUUUCAUGUAAGGAAAGUGUAAAAAAAAACAAAGUAAGUAGAAAUGAUACCACUUUCAAAGUGAAAAUAAACAGAAAUCUAAAGACAAUGAUUACAUAUGCUGCUCAUAGAAAUAAUGAAAUACAAAAGUGAAGCAUAUGAAGUGGGGAUUCAAACAGCGAGACUGCAAAAAAUUUUGUUCAAAUCUCCAAUAAAAACUUAGUAAUAUGGUUAUCAAUCUGAUAUGUGAUUUUUUUUGACAGAAAUGACAAGCUAGGGCAAUCCUAUGGACAUACAUCUUGGAAUCAGUGUAGAGAAGUAUUCCUUUGUACUGCAGACGGUAAUGUGAAUGUGAAAGAAGCAGAAACACACCACAAUGUUCAGAUCCAUGAAAAAUAUGGCAGUGGGGAGAAAUCCUAUGUAUGUCAGCAAUGUGGAAAAGGGUUCACCAAAUCUGGACAUUGUAAGCGACAUGAAAUAAUUCACACUGGAGUGAAACCAUAUGUAUGUAAGAAAUGUGGGAAAGCUUUUAACACACGGGCAAAUUGUAAAAUACAUGGAAGAAUUCACACUGCAGAGAAACCCUAUGUAUGUAAGCAAUGUGGGAAAGGUUUUACCCAACAUGGAGCUUGUGAGCAACAUGAAAGAAUUCACACUGGAGAGAAACCAUAUGUAUGUGAGCAUUGUGGGAAAGGUUUUACCCAAUAUGGAAAUUGUAAGCAACAUGAAAUAAUUCACACUGGAGAGAAACCGUAUGUAUGUAAGCAAUGUGGGAAAGCUUUUAACACACGGGGAUAUUUUAAGAAGCAUGAAAGAAUUCACACUGGAGAGAAACCCUAUGUAUGUAAGCAAUGUGGGAAAGGUUUUAACAGAUACAGACAGUGUAAGGAACAUGAAAGAAUUCACACUGGUGAGAAACCAUAUGCAUGUAAGCAAUGUGGGAAAGCUUUUACCCGACAUAGACAUUGUAAGCGACAUGAAAGAAUUCACACUGGAGAGAAACCCUAUAUAUGUAAGCAAUGUGGGAAAGCUUUUAACACACAGGCAGAUUGUAAAAGACAUGAAAGAAUUCACACUGGAGAGAAACCGUAUGUAUGUAAGCAAUGUGGGAAAGCUUUUACCACACAUAGAUAUUGUAAGGAACAUGAAAGAAUUCACACUGGAGAGAAACCCUAUGUAUGUAAGCAAUGUGGGAAAGCUUUUAACACACAUCGACAGUGUAAGGAACAUGAAAGAAUUCACAGUGACCAGAAACCAUAUGUAUGUAAGAAAUGUGGGAAAGCUUUUACCCUAUAUAGACAUUGUAAGCAACAUGAAAGAGUUCACACUGGAGAGAAACCCUAUAUAUGUAAAGCCUAUAUAUGAAAGCUUUUACCCAACAUGGACAUUGUAAGCAACAUGAAAGUUCACACUCAAGUUAAAACCAGUGUAUAUAAGCAUCAUGAGAAUUUUUUGAGCACAAGUACAUAUUGCAUAAUGCAUGAAAAGCUUCACACUCGGCAUAAAUCUUAUAUAUGUACUGAAUUUGGGAAAGGUUUCAGCAGAAAUGCUCAUUGUCCAAUAAAUGAAAAAAUUUACACUGUUGAGAAACCCUGUUUAUGUGAAGAAUGUGGGAAAGCUUUCACCACACAUGGAUUUUGUAAAAUACAUCAAUGACUCCACACUGGUGAGAAACCCUAUGCAUAUAACAAUGUGGCAAAGCUUUUAACACAUACAGUCAUUGGAAAGCACAUGAAACAGUUCACAUUGGGAUGGCUACGUAAGCAAGUGGAGACAUUUUCAGCAGCCAGAUUGUAAGUGAAAUACAUGAAGAAAAUCACACAAGAGAUAAAUCCUAUAUGUUAUGUGAAUACUCAGCACACCUGAUCACUGUUACAUAUCUGAAAGAGCUCACUGGAUCCUAUGUGUAUUAACAGUGUGAGAAAUACGGCAAUCCAUGUUUAUUGUUAAAUACAUAGAAGAAGCAGCACUCUUCAGACAGUUAAAUCUAAGUUUACUUUAAAAGUUCCAAGAAGACCUGAAGAAAUAAUCAAUACAGAAGUUUGAUGUCAAUAUUUCUUCACAAAUUUUCCAGAAACAACAAAUCUGAAGUGGAGCUCUACUCAAGUACACAUUUUGUAUGGUUUUCAGUUAAUCACUUAUACCUCUUUAUUUUUUAAUGUGUCUUUGUGCUUCAACAUGGCAUCUUGUAAUUAAACAUGGUAAAUGAAAUAGGCUUUUCACUUUCAAGUAUGGAUAGUGUCUAUGUACUUAAUAUUUUGUCUUUAAAACUUAAUUUUAUAUUUUUGGUGAAUUAUUUUUAUUAAAAAAAACCAAAAAUGUAUAGAAAUAAUACAGAAUUUCUGAAAAAUAAACAAUAAGAAGUCACUAGUUGAUUUGUUACAUAUUGUCAUCUUAGAAGUAAUUGUUCAAGUUACAAAAUUAAGCAUAGAAUGUGAUACUCAAAUAAUGACACUGCGAACAUUUUACCUCAGUGAUCCAACAAAAAAAUAUUAAUAUGCUUAUAUGUUCUACAAACUUGUUUUUUAUCUUAAAGAUCGUAAGAUUAAACAUGACAAAACAAAACAGAACAGUUCAUAAGGAAACAAGUUAAGGAAACACAGGUUUCAAAGCAAGUCCACUGAGAUGUUCAUUGUCUAUCUUACUGUUGCUAGUUUUUUUCCAAAUAGUUGUUCCCAUCUUCACAAGCAUUGAAUAUAUACUUAACAUUAUAGAACUAAUCAAAUAAUUACAGGAUGAUGCAGGCUUUUUUGAUCUUCAAGACUGAUUUUGGGGAAGUUGAUGAUUACCAUAAUGUGUCUCAUUCUCUUCGUAGUAGAUGUCUUUAUUUUAAUGUAUGCUGAAACUGAACAUAAGAGACUAAACUAAUAUACUCUGAACAGUGAAUAAUAGUAUCCUGAGAAGGAGAAAGGUGAGGAAUUGCCUAAAAAAAGAAGGCAGAGGACAUUGUUAAAAGUGUAUCAGGAUUUAAAAGCUAUAGUAGUUCUGUUGCUCUGUUUAUUUUGAUUAUAUUUUGUUCUGGUCUGUGUACUCAUAAUAGAUUUGAGGGCACAAAGAUGUAACCCAAAAAUAGCAGAUUAUACCAUGAUGGUAACUGUCCUUAAUUUCCUAUUAACUGAAACUGAAACCCUGUAUUACUUACAUUGUCUUACUACGACUGAUCUUAUUGGAAGCUGGUUUGUUUGAAUGUUAUUUGGCCUUGACUGAUUUUAUUCACAUUUUUUAUGCUUGCUGGCAUCAAGUCCAAGAGUAGAGAGGCCACUUCUCUGAAGAUGAUAAGAUGUGAAAGAUAUAUAUUGGGUGGCUGGGGAUUUAGCUCAGUGGCUUAAGUUCCUGCCUGGCAAGUGUAAAGUAAUCCGUUUGAUCCCCAGUACCAAAAAAUAAAUAAAAGAUAUAAAUUCCAGUUUAAUUUUUUUAAAGAGAAAAAAAGAACAUAAGAAACAAAGCAGUAAAGGGUACAAAUCAUGCACAAUUUCAAGAAAAAAAUACAGUAAGAAAUCACUAGUUAAUAGGUUACAUAUUGUCUUCUUCAAAACAAUUGUUCAAAUUAUAAAAUUAAAGCAUAUAAAGUAAACAUUCCUACAGUGUGAUUGCAGAGAGUUCCGUUCAAUGAUCCAACAAAGCUCAGUAAUAUGUUUUUCUCCCUACACACUUAAACAGGCGCUUAUAUCUCUUAGACCACCUUCCUUUCCUGUCUUCUUCACAAUAACAAUUACACUUUUGAGGUUUUUUUACUCCCAUAUUUCUUAUUACUUUUUUUGAAGAGAAUAAAACCUCAAGUGAGUUAACAAAACAGAGUUGGUUAGAACAUACUGAUGGGCAUAGUACUUGAUGCAAAAAUAGAAUAUCAGCUGAUCAAAAAUGUUUACCAUUGUGCCUUUUGCUAUUUUUAAAAAGAAUUGCUAUAUCAUCAGGUAUAAUAGAAUUGAUCAAAACAGUACAGAACAAGACCAAUAAAAUCUACACUGAAGACCUUAUAGGAUUUCAAAAGAGGAUAAUAGUCAAACCAUAAUGGGCAUCAUAGUAAAUCUUAUUGCCUACAACGUGGUUGCCUAUACCCUCAAACGUGAUACUAUCAAACAAAAUAGAAUAUAGUAAAAUCAGGCAGAACAAGACGGGGAGAGCAAUACUGGGGUUAAAAAUCAGGUUAAUAGGAAAACAAAACAGUUACUAUAAUAUAUCCCUCAAUUUUUUAAUUUAGUUUUCCUUUAAAAAAUAGAAUUUUUUUUAAAAAAAGUGUGGAGAUCGAGAUAGAAGAGACAUUGUAAUAGAAGAACACAGGUCAGAACAGAACAAUUAAAGCAUCAUUUUGUUUUACCACCAGAUAAUCUAACAUAAUAGUAGUCACCAUAGUGCCUCUUUCCUUGAAUUGUUUGAGUAUAACUUCGUAUACUAUAGAAUCAAUCAUAUCAAGACAGUGUGAAGCCAUUCAAGAGAAUGAAAAAAUUACAGCGUAUUUAGAGCCAAUUAACAAAAUGAACAAAGUGAAGAAGACAAAUAGACAACUGAUGACAGAAAAAUAGAACAACAGAAAUGAGACAGAAGGUUCGAUAUAAUUUCUAAUGCAGAUGUCCUAUAUACACUAAAUUAAGGAAAAAAAGAGAGAAUCACAGGCAGAGUGGAUCAAGAAAUAGGGCCAACUGAGAUGCUCUUUAUAGGAAGUAUAAUUGACCUGAAGAAGGGUAUUUGGACCAAAAUUGAAUAUGAUAACAUAGAACUCGAUGUGAUAGGGAAUGAGAGAGUAAUAGGGGCAACUGGACCAGUAUUUAUGGGUAGGUUGGAAAGAAAGGCUUUAAUAAGUAAAGAAAUAUAACUAGAGAUCAAGUCCUGGAGUGAGAAAGUUCAGAAACACUUAGAUAAAUAGCAGGUUGCCCACACAAUAUAAAGGCAAGGGUGUUGGGGAGACCCAAAAAUACACAGUACAUCCUGGGGGAGGGAAGGGGAAGAAUAGACUUUAAAAAGACAGAAGAAGAUAUUGCUAUAAGUGUAUCAGGAAUUAAAACCCAUAUUACUUGUACCACUCUGUUUAGAUAGAAGUUAUUCCAUCCCAGUUUUUAUACAAGCACUAAAUCUGAGGGCACAGACAGCUAUCCCAAAAAUAUCAGGAUAUACCACAUUAAUCAUCUUCAAUUUCCUGUUAACUUAAACCAGAUUCCUCUAUAACUUAUACUGUUAUAUCAUUGCUGAAUUUAUUUAAAUCUGAUUUGUUUGAUUGCUUCUUGUUAUUGACUAUUUAUUCAAAACCGUUAGGUUGAUAGUAUCGUCAGAGUGUAGACAAUUAUACUGAAAAUAGAAAUGACUCUCUAUAAUACCCAUUCUAACUUGAUUAAUAUCUGUUUUAGUAGCUCUACACUAUCUACAAAGUUCUAUUUCUGUUAAUACUGUUAUGCAGUGAUAUAUUCAAUUAUACUUUAUCCGAUGAUAUAGCCAUUUUUAUUGAUGAUAACAAGAGACAACACAGUAACCAAGGUAGAAGUCCUUGUACAGCAGUUUUAAAUGUCUUUUUAGUUUUAUGUAUCUCUAGGAUUAUGUUUUGCUCUGUCCUGCUUUGUUCUGUUUCUCCCUCUAAUAUAGAAAGGAUAGUAACACAUGUUAAGAUGCAUGCUUCCAUAAAACCUAUCAAUAAUUUAGAAGAACUGAUUUUAUGAUACAUGAUGAAAUGAACAAAUACUUUGAAGGAGAAAAAAGGGGCCUACAGUACCCAGUGCUGGUUCCAUCGUGUCAUGAUGUGAAAUCAAGCAAUACUAUUAAUCUUCAACUAGAGUGAUUUUAAUCUGCUUUGCUUUGUUUAAACUCAACAUAAAUGAAGAUAUGGAUAAAUACAUACAUGAUUAAGUGUAUAGGAUUGACUGCCAUAUUACUUAGUUUUUAUUAGAUAGUUGAACAGAACUACUUGAAGUCUCCCUGUUUGAAUUCCCAUUUAUAUGGUCCACUUUUGUAUCUUGAACAAUUAUUUGAAAGAGGACAAUAAAACACACAAACUAGUGACUUAUUACUGUUUAUUCUUUACUUUGAAUGUAUGUACUAUUUAUGCCUGCUUUCUGUUUUGUUUUGUCUUUCUUUAAAUAAAAAUAAAUUUAAAAAUAUAAAUAAAGUCCCUUAGCAGUUAGAUUGGUGGACGAAGCUCUGAUUGAUAAAUAAGAAAGCAGCUGUCUGGUAACAUUUUUAACCAGUUUUUAUCCAUUGAUUAGAGACCUCAAUGAUCUCCAGAUCACUAUAGGAGACAUGUCAAAUAAAUUUAUGAAAUUUAUUCCUAAAUGUUCACAUUGGUCAUUAUCAAAUGAAGUAAUACAUAUUUUUGGUUUGAUGAUGCCUGUAUAAAGGUUUCACAUGGUUAUGACAGUUGAUUUUAAUCCACUAUAUGAUGUAUUGCAUAUAUUCAUAAUUCUGGAUGCAUAAGACUCCAUGACUGUAAAACAGGGAUUACUUAUGGUAACAGAUUUUUGUCUCAUGUGCACACCUUUGCUGCUAACAAAGACUUGUGAGAUUCACAUUCAACUAAAGAUCAAUAAGUUUUUCAAUAAUAUACAAAAAACUUCUUGUGUAUUAGAUAAGGGUGAUUGACUAAAAGGGAUAAUUUAUGUCAAACAAGAAUUUAGAUUAUUACAAAAAUCUUGUGAUUGUCAUGAUGCAAUACUGUGUAUGGUUCUGAUUCCUGAUAUAUUAUGUAAAAUAUGCAACUGUUAAUACUGUAGGUAUUCAAAUGCUAAAAUGUCCAUGGAUUGAAGACAAUAGGAUUCAUUUAAUGUUCUAAGAUGUUUCAUGUUUAGAUAAAAUAGUAAUAUUACACUUACUGCCUCUAAUAUACUGUAUUGUUAUGAAAAACUUCUUUUGGAUGUUUGACAGCUAAGGUUUGGAAGCCAAAACUUAGAGAAACAAAUGGGCUAAAUGGAUAGCCAAUAUUUUGGCCCCAGGCCUUCAAGGGUGGUGGAGACCAAGGAUAUAAAAUAACCUCUGAUUGAAUCAUCGUAAGAUAUUCAGUGAGUCCCUAGUUGUCUCAUCAAGGAGAUGAUGAAACCACAGAGGAAAGUCACCUUCAAUGCAAGGUGUGCCUAAGAAGAGUCACAGGAGAAAAAUCUCCCAAGCUUUCACAGAGAGCAUCGUGGUGAAGCAAUGAUUGUGACUCUUCUAAGUGGCUGACACUGACAGAAGAGCCAUGAGGUGUUAUGCAUGGUUCUAAGAUAACUCCUGAGAAGACCUAAGUGACCUUGAUAGGAAGGUCUUUUGGCAACUCUUGGAGGUGGACUAAAUGUCUUUUGCAUAAUGGAUGUAUAUGAGUCCUGGGGGCCAGGGGUGGAAUGUCAUGGUUUAUGCCUGUGUCCCCCAGGCCUCAUGAGUUUGCAUUGUGCAUUUAUGAUGGUUCGUUGUCUAGUGUUCGGAUUGAUGGUGUCAGUCCUAAACCCACAUUGGGUGGAGCCAGGAUGUAAUUCAAUGGCAGGAAGAAGGUGUAUCUUGCUUUUUGCUGGUUCCUGUGUGCUUUUUGCAGGCUCCAUGAACUGUGGCCCAGCCAUACCUGCCUGCCUUGGAACCAACUGAGUGUGAACUGAAACCUGCAAAAACUAAUAUUUUCUGACAUCAGUGGACAUUUAUUCCUGGAGGAUUGAACGUGAAUCCUGAAAACAUUUGCAGCCCAUUAUGCAAAGAGUCCACUGAUCCUUGAAAGAAAGCAGGGUAGCCAUGAAAUGGCAGGGAUAAAUAAGAAAUUUAGAGAAGACCUAACACCAUCACUUCUCAAAAUUUAAUGAAAUCAAAUGGGAAAUUGUACUUCUCAGUUCAUUCCUGGAAGCAAGCAUUACAUCUAAUACCAAAACCAGAGAACAAUCCAAAUAAGAAAGAGAAUUACAGACCAUUCUGCCUAGUGAACAUUGAAGCAAAAAUCCCCAAUAAGAUACUGGCAAACAGACUGCAGAAUAUCAUCAAGAAGGUUUUACAUCACGAUCAACUGGAAUUAUUCCGUGGUACUCAGGGGUGGUUCAACUUACAUAAAUCCAUACAUAUAAUACACCGUAUUGACAAAUCCAAAAGCAAAACUCAUUUGAUCACUUCAAUAGAUGCAGAAAAAGAUUUUGACAAAGUGCAUCACCUAUUCAUAAUAAAAAACCUACAAAAAUUGGGGAGAUGAUCUUUAUCUCAAGAUAAAAGCCUUUUAUUACAAACCAACAGUCAUCCUCAUACUAAGUGGACAAACACUGAAAGCUUUCACUCUAAAAUCAGGAACAAAACAAGUGGAGACAACUGUCUCCACUCUUAUUCAGUAUAGUCCUGGAAACUAGCUGGAGCAAUUAGACAAGAGAAAGAAAUAAAAGGAAUAAAGAUAGGAAAGGAAAAGCUUAAAAUGUCAUUAUUUGCAGAAGCCAUGAUACUCUACGUAGAAGACCCUAAAAAUUCCACCAAAAGACUUCUAGUUUAAGAAGCAAAUUCAGUAAUAUAGCUGGUUACAAAGGCAACACUCAACAAUCAAUAGACUUCAUAAACAAGAAUAAAAAACCCAUGGAAAGAGAAAUCAAGGAAACAAUAACUUUUACAAUAGCAUCCAACGAAAUGAAAUACUUAGGAAUCAAUCUAAUAAAGGAUGUAAAUGAUCUCUACAUUGUAAACUACAGUACUCUCAAAAUGGAGAUUGAAGAAGAUAUUUGAAAAUGAAGAGCUAUCCCAUAGUCUUGGGUAGGGAAAUUCAAUAUAGUGAAAAUGACCAUACUUCCAAAGCUAUUGUACAGAUUUAGUGCAAUCCCAAUCAAAACCCCAUAGCAUAUCUGAAAGAAUUACACAAAAUAAAUCCUAAAAUUCAUCUGGAACCAGAAGAGACCUAGAGUAGCAAAGGUGAUCCUGGGCAACAAAGGAAAGAUAGGGUUCAUCAAAAUCCCUGACUUGAAAUUGUACUAUAAAGGUAUUGUGAUAAAAAAAAAAGAUGUGGUACUGACAAAAAACAAAACAAACAAAAACCAGAUGUAAAGAUCAAAGGAACAAAUUAGAAGAUGGGGAAACAAUCCCAGACCACUAAACCCUCUUAUCUUUGACAAAGGUGCCAAACAGAGUCAUUGGAAGAAAAGCAGUCUCUUUAAUAAAUGGUGCUGGAAAAACUGGCUCCAUACAUUCUGAAUAUUAUCUUUCAAUGUGUAUUAAGCUAAGAUCAGAAUAGAUCAAAGAUCUUAUAUUAAAACAGAAACAUUAAAUCUGCUGCAAGAUAGAGUAAGUAAAACUCUUGAAGACAUUCAUGUAAGCAAAGUCUUUAUGAAGAAAACUUCGAUUUUUGAACAGCAAAAAUCGAAGAGAAUUAAGUGAGAAUCUCACCCUACUGAAAAACUUUUUAACAGCUAGAAAUAACUAACAGAGUGAAAAGACAACCCACAACGUGAGAGAAAAUGUUUGCCAACUGUUCCUCAGACAAAGUAUUACUAUUGAGAGCAUGAAAAACUAAAAAAUUUCAGUCUUCCCAGAUUUAAAGACCCAAUCCAAAAAUGUGCAUCUGAGGUGAAAUACACAGUUCUCAGAUGAAGAAAUAGAAACAGCAAAUAAAUAUGUGAUAUAAUGUUCUGCAUCACUCGUCAUUUAAGAAUUGCAAAGUAAAUAACACUGAUAUGUCACCUUGCCCCAGAAAAAAUGCCUACUGUCAAGAAUUGAAGCAAUAACGAAUGCUGGAGAGGUUGUGGGGGAAAAAGGAACCCUUCUCCAUUGUUGGUGGUAAAGCAACCACUGUGGAAAUCAGUGUGGAGAUUGCACACAAACUAGGUCUACAGUUCCCACUCAACUCAGCUAUUCUCCUUCUGGGUAUCUACUCAAAAGAAUAAAAAUUAUCAUACCACAGUGAUAUAUGUGCACCCACGUUUAUAGCAGCAGUUUGUGGUAGCCAGAUCUUGGAUGGAAUGCAGGACCUCUAGCUUGCCAGGCAGGUGCUUAAGCUAAAUCCCUGGACCACUUUUUUUACUUUUUAACUUUCAAAUAAAAUGGGUUUGGGAGAAAAACCAAGGACUGAGGUAAAGACUUUCAGUGCAAAUACCCAUCAGACGUGCUGAGGUCAACAUUCCAGAAAACAGCCAGCUCCAGAAGCCUCCACCUUCUUUCAUUGGGGAUCCACAGUUACAGGGUGUUUUAUUUUCUGCAAUUAUUCUUGGUGGGGAAGGCAGGCAGGAGAGCAGGAGCCAAUCAGUGAUGAAGAGGCUGGCUGAAAAACUGUCCAAUCAGGCGGGCCAAGGUAGGCGGUGUCUUCCGGUGUCAUGGCGUCAAUUGCAAGGCCAGGGCACAAAAGGGAACACUAAAUGUUUGCUAGACCACUAUUUUUUGCUUCUAUUCGCUGUGGACUGCUUAGAAAGAACCUGGGAGACCUCCAAACUACGCAAUGGAGGUGGUGACCUUGGAGGAUGUGGUUGUGAAUUUCAGCAAUGAGGAGUGGACUUUGCUGAGUCUAUCCCAAAAGAACCUCUACAGAGAUGUGAUGGGUGAAACCUUUAGGAACAUGACUGCAAUAGGAGGACUUGUGGAUAUCCAGGAAGCUGAAAAAGAAUGCAAAAUUUACUGGAGAUACUUAAGAAAUGAAAAGCUAGGGAAAUCCUGUGGACAUACAUCUUGGAAUCAGUGUAGAGAAGUAUUCCUUUGUACUGCAGAAGCUACUGAGACUCUGGCACCACUCUGCCCCAGGCCAUUGGGCCUGCAGAACCAAUGGCCCUCCUCUGCCCGUUCAGAACCCUGCGGUUCCAGACAAGCUGGGCCCCAGGGACACUGCGCGCCCACCUGCCCCCCGGUAGAUCCACAGCUCCUGGAUCCCAGUCGGGCCAGGGUACUCACCACCGACCGCCGUGCCUCAGGAGCCCGUGAUCCCUCCCUGCCCGCAGAGACGUCCACAGUCCUCCAGACAAAGGAAGGGCCUCCUGUGGGCACUCCGGAUCCACCCAGCUCCUCCUGUGCACGCAGAUGGCUAUGCGCGGCUGGGCACAGGCUGAGGUGCCUCAGGAACUUGUUAUCCCUCCUCCUCCAGACAAAGGAAGGGGCCUCUGCAGGCACUCCGGAUCCGCACAGCUCCCCCUCUGGACACCGACGGCUAGGCGCGGCCGGGCACAGGCCGAGGUGCCUCAGGAACCCGGGAUCCCCCCUCCCCCAGACAAAGGAAGGGGCUUCUGCAGGCGCUCCGGAUCCGCGCUGCUCCUCCCCCGCACACCGAUGGCUAGGCGCGGCUGGGCACGGGCCGAGGUGCCCCAGGAACCCGAGAUCCCUCCUCCUCCAGACAAAGGAAGGGGCCUCCGCAGGCGCUCCGGAUCCGCGCAGCUCCUCCUCUGCACACCGACGGCUAGGCGCGGCUGGGCACAGGCCGAGGUGCCCCAGGAACCCGGGAUCCCUCCUCCUCCAGACAAAUGAAGGGACCUCCGCAGGCGCUCUGGAUCCGCGCAGCUCCUCCCCUGCACACCGAUGGCCAGGCGCGGCUGGGCACGGGCCGAGGUGCCCCAGGAACCCGAGAUCCCUCCUCCUCCAGACAAAGGAAGGGGCCUCUGCAGGUGCUCCGGAUCCGCGCAGCUCCUCCUCUGCACACCGAUUUAAACCACGGGUUCUACAUCAGGUUUGAUUAUUAACUGCUUUCACAUCCUACAACGUCUUCAAAUUGUGUUUUUAUAAAAAUAGCUAUAUAAUGUUAUGCUUAAUUGUAUAGUCCCUGGUGAUGUCGACAAUUCUAUUGAAAAUAACAAGAGAAAGCAUAGUAAGUAUUUUAUAUCACCUAAUAUUGUGGUCUUAUAUGUCUCGUUCAUAUGAUUUUGUAGGAAUUUGUUUUGUUGUCUUAUUUUGAUCUGUUUUCCCCCAUAACACAGAAAGGAUAGAUAUACACAUAGAGAUUCACACAUCGGAAGAAUUUCUCACCUAUUUAUUUGAACAAAUAAUAUAAUGCAUAAUGUAAUGAACAGAUACUCUGAAGAAGAAAUGACACUAAGAAACCCAAAGCUAAUUCUGUAGCAUUAUGGUAUAAAAUUGAGCAAUAGUAUUAUUCACUGUUCAGAGUGAUAUUAGUCUAGUCUCUUAUUUUUUUGUGAACUGUAAUUUUAACAUGGCAUUGUUUUAAUCUUUUGAUGCACAUGCUUCAUUUUCUCUUCCAUAAAUGAUGUUUCUGAAGUUGAUGCAAUAUUUGGCAUUAAGAUAUACAUUUGUAGAGGUUGGAGUAUGUGUUUUUGACAAAGUUAUGUUCAUUUCACAUAACUUGUACAUUAAUGAAUGUUAUGUUUUCCAAGUUGUGACAAGACAUCUGCUGAUUUCCUUACAUCACUGGAUAUCAUACCAUGUAAAUUAUGUUGCCUGAUUUUGUUUCUCGGUGGAGCCAAUAUUUGUCAUUUAAGUAAACCUUUGUUUUUCUAACCAUCAGAAUUUUACUUGUUAUGUUGAUAUUACAUCUUUAUUUGCUAGUAAGGUUUCCCCACAUGUACCAAAUGUAAACCAUACUACUGUGAAUUUCUGAUUGUGCCAUACUGACAGAAUCAUAACUUGUCUCCAAUAGCACAUCACAAUAUAUAUAUAUAUCAAUAUCUCCAGAAAUUAUAAAAUUUGGCAUGAUUUAUGAGUAACCAUACUUUGAAAUCAAUUUUUCUUAAAUAUGGAGUUGUUUGGGGGGAAAUGUUGUUAUUAGAUCUAUCAUGCAAAUGCCUUUAUUUUAUUCCUUGAUGCUGUGAAUGCAUUAUAUAUUUUGUAAUUAUUACUGUUUUUUCCUAAAAUACUGAAGUAAUGGCAUGAAGGGAAACCUAAAUUUUGAGCUGUCAACACAAUAAAAAGUAAAUUUGCUAAAUUAAGAUUCAGAUUAUGUUCUGUUUUGCUGAAUUGUGAAUUUAUACAAUGGCAUAUCACUUUAUUUAUCAGGACCAGUGCAUGAUGUUUGUGGUGUGUACUGAUUAUCUUUAAACACAUACACUGGGCCAUGAGUCCCAGCUGGUUUCCUGUGGCCUGUGGUUUUCACUUCCAUUUUAACAUUCAUGUAAUUUGUAAUAUGUUUAAUGCUGUGUUGUUGAAUACAAAAUCUGCUUAGGAAUUAUGUUGUUAAAAACUGUGGUGUUAUGAAAACACAAGUGAACAUUGCAUUAAAUACCCUUAAUCCAGUGAAGAUAUCUUGCCCAAGUCUCAAUUAUCCUUGGGAAAAUAAAUUACUUACCUCUUAUGUAAUCACCACUAAAACUAUAUCUAUAUUGUGCCUGAAGAACCUGAUAUACUUCACAAAGUAAAAGACACUGUGAAGUACAUUGUCAGUCUGUAUGUACUACAGCAUGUGGCCAGAUUCCCUGCAGCAUAUUUCUGCUUACCAUCAAUGGGAAUAUUUAGAGUUUGUAUUACAGCUAAUAAUAGAAUACUGAAUCUAUAAGAAUAUAUCCUGAGUCUAUGCACUUUCUCAUUUUACCAUGAAAGUAAAUCUUGCUGGUCCUGUUGAUGCAUGCUUGUAAUCCUAGCACCUCAGUGCACUUAAAUUAGUGGAAGAGGAAGUUGAGUCUAACCUACACAAUUAGAGUGACCUCGUCUCAAAAUAUAUCUUCAAGUUCUGCAGAUGUAGCUCAGUGCUUUAGAUCUCCUCCCUUUCUUCCCCAGCAUCAACAUUUUUUAAUACUCACAAUUGCACAACAGUAGUUGUCCUUUUAUCGGUUGGCCAUAUAGCAGUUAUUUCGGAGAAUCACUUGUGAAACACAUUUGUUUUUGCAGUGACCAUCCUGAGCAUCAUUUGGGCACUUGUCAAUUUAACCCAUUCAUUCUUGUAUUGAAUAUAGUAGAAUUGUCACUUUUAUAUUACUUGUUAUUUUAUAAAUACUAAUAAAAAGUAUGCAAUUUUU